AUGUCUGAUCGCUGUCACCAGUAUCAUAAACAGGCUCCUGGGUGCACUGACAAGGAAGUGGUGUGUAGGGGCAUGAUGGAUUGGAUAGAGGGAGAGAUGGAGAUGGUUCAUAUCUCAGACGUCAUGUGUUGCCGAAGUUCAGUUCCGAACCAUCGGUUCGGACUGAACUGGCAGAACCGAACGGACAGUUUGGUUAUGGUUCCAGUUCUGGUCCGGGCUCGAGUGGUCGGUUCUAGUUCGCAGUUCGGGCAUGAGAGAAAUUUGAAGAACUGUAUUUGA